GUGGGACCACGCCUUUGCUCUAAUGUGGAUGAUCUUAACAGCAGCAGUUUUUGUAGUAAUAAAAAUUGGAGAGGUGGACGGGCCAUCAAACCGGUAAGGCAAAUGCAGCUAUCAUUCGCCAUUGAAGCACAGCACGCAACAAUCAGAAUUCUUAUACCAAUACCAUACUCUUAUCACAAAAUGGACAUUAUUUACAUUAAAAUUUCCGAUUAUUUUUUCCUCCUUAGCGCUGUCUUAAAUGGCAAGAAAAGCAAACACGCCGAAGAAGGUAACUCUUCACCUACAUUCUAGUACGACUGCUCAACUGCAUAAAUGCCUGCUCCUCCUUUUCCUUUAAAACAUCAUAUUAGCGUCUUCUUUUCGGAAGCUGUGACCUGAGCAAGAUAUGGAGUUUCCGAUGUGGGGUUUUCUGCUUCUCGCUCUGUUCACGGCCACCGUCGCCGUCGACGGGAUUGACCGCCGCGGUGCGCGUACCGAGAGAAUUUCAGGAAGUGCUGGUGAUGUUCUUGAUGAUAAUCCUGUGGGAAGAUUGAAAGUUUAUGUAUACGAACUUCCGAGCAAAUACAACAAGAAGAUCCUGCAGAAAGAUCCACGUUGUCUAACACACAUGUUUGCUGCUGAGAUAUUUAUGCACCAGUUUCUCUUAACCAGUGCCGUUAGAACUCUGAAUCCCAAUGAAGCAGAUUGGUUUUACACACCUGUUUACUCGACUUGUGACCUUGCGCCCAAUGGAUUGCCACUGCCUUUCAAAUCUCCAAGAAUGAUGAGGAGCGCUAUACAGCUCAUCUCGGCAAGAUGGCCUUACUGGAAUCGAACUGAAGGAGCUGAUCAUUUCUUUCUCGUUCCUCAUGAUUUUGGUGCCUGCUUUCACUAUCAAGAAGAGAAAGCUGUAAAAAGAGGGAUCCUGCCGUUGCUUCAACGUUCUACACUGGUUCAAACUUUUGGACAGCGAAACCAUGUCUGCCUAAAUGAAGGUUCAAUAACAAUACCUCCAUAUGCGCCUCCAGAGAAAAUUAUGUCCCACUUGAUUCCCCCCGACACACCAAGAUCCAUCUUCGUCUAUUUUCGUGGUUUGUUCUAUGAUGUAAACAACGACCCUGAAGGUGGUUACUACGCGAGAGGUGCCCGAGCGUCCAUGUGGGAGAAUUUCAAGAACAAUCCACUAUUCGACAUCUCCACAGACCACCCAACCACAUACUACGAAGACAUGCAGCGCGCUGUGUUCUGUUUAUGCCCUCUAGGUUGGGCUCCAUGGAGCCCCAGGCUUGUCGAAGCUGUGAUCUUUGGUUGCAUCCCGGUGAUCAUAGCAGACGACAUAGUGCUGCCAUUUGCAGACGCUAUUCCAUGGGAGGAAAUUGGAGUGUUUGUAGCAGAGAAGGACGUCCCCUACUUGGAUGCCAUCCUCACAUCCAUCCCGGUUGAUGUGAUUCUCAGGAAGCAGAGGCUACUCGCGAAUCCUUCCAUGAAACAGGCCAUGCUGUUCCCUCAGCCAGCACAAUCCGGAGACGCUUUCCACCAAAUCUUAAAUGGGCUCGCCCGUAAGCUGCCUCAUGACAAGAGUAUUUACUUGAAGGCUGGCGACAACGUUUUGAACUGGACUGCAGGACCAAUUGGGGACCUCAAGCCUUGGUGAAGACGCGAUCGAGUAGAGUUUCUUGCUCGUGCAGAAAGUAAUGGUGAAACUUGAGUAUUGUAGAAGUUGUCGAGGAAUACAACUUUUUGUUUCUGGUUUUAUCUCUGCCAUGAUUGCUGCAGGAAUUGUUAAUUUUUGUGUAUAUGAGUUGAAGAAUGAAGGUUUGAAGAAGAGGAUGAUAAUGGUAGUGUGAUUAGUUACCUUAGUACGUGCUUUCAAGGGUUCUCCUUGGUUUUUUCUUUAAUAAAAUCUUAAUUUAAUUGCUA